CUUUGUCUUGGCAACAAAGGUUUGAAAGGUGUGCUUCAAGUUUUCUGGAGAGAAGACAGUGUGUUAACGCACCCAGAAUUUUGAAUCAUGGGAAUUUCUCCACUUCCCCUCCUUUCUGCCCAUUUGAACGGUAAUGGGGAAAUGUCCGAGUCCAACGUGUCUUUGUGGAGCAAACUUCUGGAAGCCCAGGCCAACAGAAGGUUGAAAGUUAAGAAGCAGAGAGUCGCUAGCAAAAAGGUAAGGCAUCUUAGGUGCAGAAGGCCCAGAAGUAUUUUGAUGAAGAGAAGGGCACGUCUAGAAGGUUCUAGAAGGCCCAUGAACCGUGUUGAAAAGAAGCUAAAAACCCUGAAGAAGCUAAUUCCAAACAACGAGUCCAUGGGCUUGGAUGGCCUUUUCAGGGAUACAGCUGAUUACAUUUUGUCUUUGCAAAUGAGGGUCGAAGUCAUGCAGAUUAUGGUGAAAGUUUUGACAGGUUCCAAUAAGUGAACAGAUAUAUUACUCAUUUGUAAAGGCUGAUAUCAUAUUCUUUUUCUCUUGUUUGUGAUGUUGCUUUCACAGCCAUAGGAGUUUAUUUAGUAAGUCCAAGUAUAUGGUUUCAUGUUGUUAAGAUUUAACAAUAGCUUGGUCGAUCUAUUUGUGUGAAAAUGACCUUGAAAUGGACACCUGAAUUUUCUAUUUGAUCCA